AUUAUUUACCAAGAGGAGGAAGAGAAAAACAUUGCUUUCAAGCGAACAGGUCAAUGUUAUGUACACAAAUAAUGGGAAUAUAUUUAUCUAGUAUUAUUAAAGAGUCGUCAAACCCUUUAGAAACCCUCCAUUAAGCGCGAGAUUUGUGUUUUGGGGUUUCUUUGAGCAUGUUUCUGGUGGGGUUAACCGGAGGGAUCGCAUCAGGGAAGAGCACAGUGUCUUCUCAACUCAAAGAGCUGGGCUGUCCUGUCAUCGAUGCAGAUCUGGUUGCCCGAAAAGUGGUGAAGCCCCAGAGCCCAGCGUACAGACUGAUUUUGCGGCACUUUGGACAGGAAAUAUUGUUAGACAAUGGCGAGAUUGACAGACAGAAACUGGGGCAGAUAAUCUUCUCCAACCCAGAGAAACGAAGACUUCUGAACUCCAUCACACACCCAGAAAUACAUAAAGAAAUGUUCAAACAAAUACUGCUGUACUUCAUCAAAGGCUACAGGUAUGUGAUUUUGGAUGUGCCGCUGCUUUUCGAAACUCGACGUCUCACUCGGUUCCUAACCCACACUGUUGUCGUAUACUGUGAUCCGGCGACGCAGCUGUCCCGACUCAUGCAGAGGGAUGGUUUGAGUCAGGAGGAGGCCGAAAAGAGAACUGGCGCUCAGAUGCCCCUCAAAGAGAAGCGUGGACUGGCCAGUCACGUGAUCGAGAACUCGGGCUCUCGCGAGGACACUCACCGACAGGUGCUGCGACUGCACACCAAGCUGGAGGACUCCAUGGAGUUUCUGGUCGUCAGGGCGGUCGCCGUGGCAGCCGUCGCCGGGCUCGGCGGCCUGUUCCUGUAUACAGUCAGACUGCUCGUCUCUUAGCAAACAUACAGAACUCAAUGGCAAUAGAAGGGAUAGUUCACCCAAAACUGAACUUCUGUCAUCAUUCACUCCUGUAUGCAUUCCUUGCUUUUUGAAGAAUGCCAAACAACAUUGGACCCCAUUGACUUUCACACUAAGGCCUAAUCCUGGCUUAAUCUAACGCCUAAACUCAUACAGGUUUGGAAUGACAUGAUAAUGAGUAAAUGAUGACAGAAUUUUAAUUUCAGUCUGAAAACAACAAAGAAUAGGAUUUUACCAUUUUAA